UGAAAAAUUUUAAAUUAAUCGAACCAUUUUUAGUGGUUACGAUAGUUCGUUAUUCAAAUAACUAUGUGCAAGUUGGUUAGAUUCUUGCUAGUUAAUUCAUAGUAUAAUUUCUACUACAAAGUAAAAACUUUAUUAAUAUUAUAUGUAAGUAAUGCUGGCAUUUUAAACACAUCAACAUGGCAUUUAUUGUUGAAAAAGAAAAUAACUUCGUCAUAGAUACUCCGGAUGGAGAAGAUGAUUCCCUAUCUAACAUUAUAGAACCUGUUCGAAGAUAUAACAGAGAAAGUGGAUUAGAUACAUCUUGGGAUCAGAGUAUUUACGUUUCAUUUCAAGACUCAAAGGAUUGUGAAAAUAACAAAACACCGCCAUUCGUAACCAUAAUUAUGCCUGACGUAAGUUCUGAAGGAAGCAGGACGAAUAGUUCUACACAGACUGAAACAACUGUACAAGAUGACAUUAUGGAUAUAAAUUUAUCUUUUAAUAAAGAUUAUAAUGAAUAUGACCCGGAGGAAUCGACGUCCACCGAGAAUACAGCUAGGUCUAAGAGAUUUAGACAAGAGACUCAUGACGAACACAGGAAUUUGCGCCCGUGCAAAAAGAUUAAAUCAAUCGAGUCCAAUACAUCAAGCGCGUCAGAUCUUACAGAACCAAAAAUACAUGGAACAUCAAGUUCGUCAAAUCGUCUCUGUUCAGAAUCAGAAGCUUCAUUUAAAUCGGUUAAUAGCAAUUAUUCAUUUAAGACCCGAAAAAGACGAAGAAAAUCAGAUACCAGUUUAUUUAAAGACGCGAUUUUUCGGGCUCGAAAACAUGUUAUAAAUUAUUCUGCCAAUAAUACCCCAGCUGGUACUCCUAGGAGAGAGAAGGUUCUGCGACGAAGUAACCGUACGCGCGUUUGGCGAAUAAUGGAAUUAUGUUCAUGGAUCGGAAAAAAGAGCGUACAGUCUAUUACUGGCUUGUACGCGGACAUGUUAAGGGAACCAAUAACUGAAAAGGAGAAUAAAGAAAAUGCUAUCGCAGCAGAAGUGGAGGAAUUAAAAAGAUAUAUACAAGAGAUGGCUCAGACGCAGGCAACGUUGGCCAAAGAGAACAAGUGUAUGCAAGAGCAGAUGAAGAGAAUGAUGGGGAAGAUUGAGGAACUCGAGGGUAAGCUCAGUUCUCAAGAGACCCAACCGCAGAAGCCAUCCUGUCCCCCACCACCUCCUCCCCCGCCUCCCCCUCCCCCUCCGCCUCCUCCACCCCCGCAGAACUCUAAACUACCGGUACGGGCGAAUACGCUGCCCAGAUGCGGAUCAGCUCCACCGCGUAUACCGGGCCCGAGGCUCACCAUUACACCGGAGGAUAUUGCGAACGUGAAAUUGAGAAAAACAAAGAAUAAUCCUGUUCGAGCUAAACCAACACAAAAGGAAUCAAAACAGCCGUUGGUGACGCAACAUUUACUCGAGACGACACGAGCAAGACUCGGUAGAAAUAAACCCGUCGCAGCUUCUACUCCAAAGCAGCAGCUUUCUGAAUUAGAAAAAUGCCUCCUACAGGAGACAUCAGUCACAUCUCUAUACCGGCGGCGAGUGACGCGCGGCACGUUCCGCAGCGCGGAGGAGCUGCGCGCGCGGCCCUACCCCGCCGCGCGGUGCGGCCGCUCGCCGCGAUCCCCACGCACCACUUCGCUCACGCGCACCGUGCAAAUAUCGCCGCUCAAGUUUCCCCUGCUGUGCCCUAAUAAAGAUUAACGUAUUGUCACUUUAAUUCGUCACAUAAGUGUCACUCGCUCUGUGCAGACCAGCCGUUUGAAUAAACCCUUCGUGGUUACAUGAAAAAACGCUACAAAUUUGUUAAUGUCAAACAACGCUAACGUUUAACACCGCUAAAUAGUUAUAGUUACGACCUUAAAAAACCUUUUGUAAAAAACGGAACCAUUCUAAAAAAAAAAAAUUUAGUUCAUACUUCGUAAGCGAAUUAAUUUUCCUUAAUAUUUUCAAAUAAAUAUUAAGAGCGCUAACGUGUUAAAAUUCUAAAUGAAACAUUCAAAUUACUGUUCCAAUUAAGAUAACGUUUGUUACUGCUAAAUGUAAUAGCGGUUUUUAUGUAUUAUUAAAACACAUUUCGUUUUUUCAGCGUUAAUAUACUCUAUAGUACCCUACAUAGUAUAUUUUACAAUGAUUUUACACAAUAUUGUAAAAGAAAAUAAAAAUGUUUACAGACCGAAAUUUAUGACCUAAAUGACAUUUAUUAUGAUUAUAUUUUAUCGAUAUAAUAUUUAAUUUGAGCUUAGCUAAAGGGAAUUUUUUAAUA